UGCCCUGCUUCAGCUCUGAGCCAAGCCUGGCCCAUGGCAUUGGCACACACCUGCACUCCUGGCUAUAUAAACACAGCUCUCCAGCUGGGACUGUCCCCUCAGGGCUGCCCUAGCCAUGGCUCGCUGGCACAUCCUGGCCUUGGCCCUGUGCUCCUACCUCGGGGUAGCCUGGGCUGCGACCCUGGGUGUGGUGCUUACCGAGGGAGGAUUUGUGGAAGGUGAGAGUAAGAAACUGGGACUCUUUGGGAGCUACGUCGACAUCUUCAGAGGGAUUCCCUUUGCUGCCCCUACAAAGACUCUGGAAGAUCCCCAACCUCAUCCUGGCUGGGAUGGGACUCUGAAGGCAAAAGAAUUCAAAAAACGCUGCAUGCAGGCGACGCUGACCCAGACUGAUGUCCGUGGGAGCGAGGACUGUCUCUACCUCAACAUCUGGGUCCCUCAAGGGAGGAGACAGAUCUCUACCAAGCUGCCUGUGAUGGUUUAUAUCUACGGUGGUGCCUUCCUGGUCGGAGGCAGCCAGGGAGCCAAUUUCCUGGACAACUACCUGUACGAUGGGGAGGAGAUUGCCGUGCGGGGCAACGUCAUCGUGGUGACCAUCAACUACCGCCUGGGGCCGCUGGGCUUCCUGAGCACCGGGGAUGAAAACCUGCCAGGGAACUACGGGCUCAAGGACCAGCACAUGGCCAUUGCCUGGGUGAAGAGGAACAUCAAGGCCUUUGGGGGUGACCCAGACAACAUCACCAUCUUUGGGGAGUCGGCCGGUGCCGCCAGUGUCUCCCUGCAGACCCUGUCCCCAAAGAACAAGGGCCUGUUCAAGAGAGCCAUCAGCCAGAGCGGUGUUGGGAUGUGCAGCUGGGCCAUCCAGAGGGACCCGCUCGUCUGGGCCAAAAAGCUUGGAGAAAAGGUGGGCUGCUCCACAGACAACACCACUGUCUUGGCCAACUGCCUGCGCAACUCUGAUCCCAAAACCUUGACCCUGGCCUACCACCUGCAGCUCACCAACCUGCCCAUGCCCCUGGUGCACACCAUCGCCCUCGCUCCUGUGGUCGAUGGGGAUUUCCUCCCAGACACGCCAGAGAAGCUCUUUGCCAACGCUGCUGACAUCGACUACCUGGCCGGGGUCAAUGACAUGGACGGGCACAUCUUUGCCGGCGUGGAUUUACCUGCCAUCAACCGCCCACUGCGGAAAGUCACUGCGGACCAGGUGUACAAUUUGAUCAAAGGCCUCACCGUGGACAGGGGCGAGGCUGGAGCCAACGCCACCUACAACAUCUACACUCAGAGCUGGGGUGACAAACCCAAGCAGGAGGACGUGAAGAAGACAGUGGUGGAUCUGAUCACUGACUACAUCUUCCUGAUUCCCACACAGGUGGCACUGGACCUGCACCUGCAGAAUGCCAAGAGUGGCAAGACCUACAGCUACUUGUUCUCCCAGCCGUCCCGCAUGCCCAUCUACCCCAGCUGGGUCGGGGCAGACCAUGCUGAUGACCUGCAGUACGUGUUUGGGAAGCCCUUUGCCACCCCGCUGGGCUACCUGCCCAAGCACAGGACUGUGUCAAAGGCCAUGAUUGCUUACUGGACCAAUUUUGCCAGGACUGGUGAUCCCAACAAAGGGCAUUCAGAUGUGUCCGUUUCCUGGCCAGCCUACACCAACAAGGCCAAAUACUACCUGGAUAUCAACAACAAGUUGAACAAGAACUCUGUGAAGCAGGACCUGAGAUCCCGCUUUGUGACCUUCUGGAACUCAGUCUAUCUGAAUCUGCCACAGGUUGCCAACAUCUCCCAGUCAGAGUUAAUGUUCUGAAGCUAAGAAAGAAACAGCUUUUAGAGAUCA